AGCAAAGAGCUCCACAAUGUCGACUACAUACUUGCUGGUUUUACUACUUGGAGUGUUGGCUCUCACCACUCCUUCUUUUGGUACCUACGAAUCACCCAACUAUGGCAAAUUACCUAAGCCCCCUGUCUAUGAACCUCCAAAGAAAGAGAAACCCGAGCCUAAGCCACCGGUGUAUGAACCACCAAAGAAAAAGAAACUUGAGCCUAAGCCCCCGGUCUAUGAACCACCGAAGAAAGAGAAGCCACAACCCAAACCACCGGUCUAUGAGCCCCCGAAGAAGGAAAAACCCGAGCCUAAGCCACCGGUCUAUGAACCACCAAAGAAAGAGAAACCCGAGCCUAAGCCCCCAGUUUAUGAACCACCAAAGAAAGAGAAACCUAAGCCUAAGCCCCCGGUCUAUGAACCACCAAAGAAAGAGAAGCCUGAACCCAAACCACCAGUCUAUGAACCUCCAAAGAAAGAGAAGCCUGAACCCAAACCACCGGUCUAUGAGCCCCCAAAGAAAGAGAAACCCGAGCCUAAGCCACCGGUUUAUACACCUCCAAAGAAAGAGAAGCCUGAACCCAAACCACCGGUCUAUGAACCCCCAAAGAAAGAGAAACCCGAGCCUAAGCCACCGGUUUAUACUCCUCCAAAGAAAGAGAAGCCUGAACCCAAACCACCGGUCUAUGAGCCCCCAAAGAAAGAGAAACCCGAGCCUAAGCCACCGGUUUAUACACCUCCAAAGAAAGAGAAGCCUGAACCCAAACCACCGGUCUAUGAGCCCCCAAAGAAAGAGAAACCCGAGCCUAAGCCACCGGUUUAUACACCUCCAAAGAAAGAGAAGCCUGAACCCAAACCACCGGUCUAUGAGCCGCCAAAGAAACCACCAACGUAUGAGCCUAAGCCCCCAAAGCCACCGGUUUAUGCACCACCAAAGAAAGAGAAGCCUGAACCCAAACCACCAGUCUAUGAGCCUCCAAAGAAACCUCCGACGUAUGAACCUAAACCACCAAAGCCACCGGUCUAUACACCACCGAAGAAAGAGAAGCCUGAACCCAAACCACCAGUCUAUGAACAUCCAAAGAAGCCUCCAACGUAUGAGCCUAAGCCACCAAAGCCACCGGUUUAUACACCACCAAAGAAGCCUCCAGUGUAUGAGCCACCUUAUGGUCACUAUCCAGGACACCCUCCAAUGGGGAAGCCCUAAUUGAAUGGUCCCAUCAGCUGGCAGCUAUUAUGGCUAUUUAGAUAGAUGAGUAACCAUAAUACAAUAAGAGUUGCUACCUAAUCAUGUUUAGUUUCCUUGUUCGUCAUGUAGGCAUGUUUUCUUCCAUGUCAUGUCAGCGAGAUUGCUGAUGGAUGUACUAGUUGGAUUUCCUAUUCUGCAUCUUCUUGUUUUUCAAUAAGAAUAUAUCCUGACUUC